CCAGCCCACAAGCCUUCCAAGCAAACGCUGUCUGUGGAGCUAAAAGCACCUUAUACAGCUAAACUAUUCUGCUUUUAAAGCUGGAAGAUCAGAGACCGAGAAUCAUGGCAAGCAGACUUUUUACUUGUGUGCUGGCUUUGCUGCAUUUCUGUCUUUCUUCUGACUCCUACGAACCACAUACGUUGCCUGAUAUUGGAGAUCCAAAGUUUAUUGAUGAAUGUGUGAGAACCCAUAACAGAUUCCGGUCUGGAGUGAAUCCACCAGCUAGCAACAUGCUUUACAUGAGCUGGGAUCCUGAUUUGGCAAAGACCGCGAAAGCUUGGACAAAGAAAUGCCAAUUUAAACAUAAUAUCUACCUCAAAGAGCCAGGGAAGGCUCACCCCAAAUUCACCCCCGUUGGAGAAAACCUGUGGACAGGCUCACUCGCGGGUUUUACUGUGGAAGGAGCCAUCACCUCUUGGUACAAGGAGGUCAGCGCCUACAGUUAUGCCACCAAUAGCUGUAACAGAGUGUGUGGUCAUUACACGCAGAUUGUUUGGGCUACAAGUUACAAAGUCGGCUGUGCUGUUCACUUUUGUCCGACAGUGACGGACUUCUCUGGAACUAACGUAGCACACUUUAUUUGCAACUAUGGACCAGCUGGGAAUUACCCAAGGCUCCCGUACGAGAGGGGAGCACCAUGCAGCCAGUGCAAGGGAGAGCAGUGUGCAGACAAGCUGUGUAAAAAUGCAGAGCGUGAUAAAGUCGUUAGUGAUUCCAGAUGGUAUCCAGACUGGGACAGACCUGCCUGUGAUGAGUACUGUAUCACCGUUAUUGUUUUAAGGCUCUUAUUACUUACACUGGCAAUUCCAGCCAGCUGGAUCUUACAGAAAUAUUCGUCUGUAGCACCUGCCAGUGAAUAACACACAUGCAGAAGACUGCGAGAGCAGUUAGGCCAAUUCAUCCCUAUCCUAUGUGUAAGUUACUGGCAGCAGAAAGAUCUGUAGAGACGUUGAUUGCAUCCACAGAUGAUUUAGAAAUAUAAAUAUCACCUUCAUCUCCAGCAGCAGCAGAGAAAGCUGGUAACAGCUUUCUCAUUAUUCAGAACCAAUCGUUGGUUUUAAAUUACCCACUUAGUUUUCUGAAGUGGAGCGGUCUGAGAAGGGAUUCAGUGGGUAACGAAGCAUGCUGCAGAGGCAGUGCACUGAGACACGGACAGCUGCCCAAGGCACUAAGACUGGCUGCAGGGUGACUCCAGCCCAGGAGCCUGUCCCUCGCCCUGGCCGAGGCCUAGGGCUGAGCACACGCCUCUCCCCCUCCUGCAGCAGUAUUUCCUAGGAUGCUCUCCAAGCAAGGUGCAGCAGCAUGCUGCUGCGUAGCUGACAAAUCAAACAUUUAUCAAAUCAUUUUUGGACCCCUGUAAGCUCUUGCGUCUGCAUCCUGUGGUGGGCAGUACGUUUCCCAGCCUCGCCGUGCACUGGGGGCACUGGCAUGUCUCUUCGUUUAGGAUGCUUUCCAACACCCGCAUCGUCUAUGCCAAGAAGCAGAAUUUCUUCUAUUUUUACAGGUGGAAAUAUAGAACUUCUGUCUUUCUUCUCUCCUUUCCCCCCCCCCUCCUUAAACAUGGGGAUUUUGACUGCUAUUUCAAAUAAUAAACCCCUGUUUAGUCUCUCCCUGGCAUGGCAACUCUGUAUUUACAACC